UACAAUACUUGCAAUAGAAUAUAAUUGGAAAAAUCCAUAACCUUUAAAAGCCAAAUUCAUUCAAAAUGGUUUCCGCUUUUUCGAGAGUCCCAUAUGAACAGUGUGCGGAUCCUUUUACCCCUUCAAAAUGUUCAAUUACAGCUUUGCCCUUAUAUUUUCUCACUUUGCCCCCUUUUUCACCUUUUCCUUUGCCCUUCAUUUUCUACUUUACCUCUAUCUUGCUGCUGGAUUCUACUCUCUCUAUUUUCAGUAAUUUCAACCCAUUUUUCCGAGAGUUUCUCAAGAGUUCUGGUGGUGAAUCGUCGGCGACCACCCAGCCACGACCAGGUUAUCUUUUUUCCUCUCAACUAUUCCGUCAAAAUGAAGAAAGCUUCGAUUGUGAAAUUGAGUGGGAAUUUAGGGAAUGUGAAGGAGUUGAUGAAAAAUGGGGAUUUUGUUGAAGCGGCGAAAGGGGUAAAUUCCUCCAUUACAAAUUUAUAAUGGCGUUCAAUCUGGAAUGGGCGUUUCUCCUCAUUAUCGGAGCUGGUUAUACUGGACCUGUCCUUGUCAAAAACGGAAAAUUAGCUAACAUAAUUGGCGAGCUUCAGGGUUUGUUGAAGAAUUGAGAGAAUUCAGGUGACUCUGCAAAUUCUGAUUCUGAGCAAAUGGCUGCACAGAUUAGAAGCAAACUAUAUGGGAGGAUUCCUCACUAUGGACCUCACCUAAAUCGAGUAGGACUCUGUUCGUCUUCCUCCUGGCAAUAAUUCGGCAUAUUAAGGUUGCAAUUUUUUUAGCUGGUGUAAAAAUUCUACCUUUAAUUUCAAUUAUUUUGAUUGAUAAUUCAAUUAGAGUAGUGAUGAUGAAGAUGUCAUAGAUGAUUAUGGUUUCCGUUUAAUUUUAUUGGAUUUUGAAGGUCUAGGGGCUCUUUGAUGGCCUUAGUUAGAGGACUAAGGUGAUGCAGAGCUUUGCAUACAGGAGGAUGAUAAUCAUGAUAUCAUUAGUUUCGGUCUACCUUAAGUAGCAGAUAUAGAUUUGGUUGUGUGAUCCUGUGAGUGCAAGUUAGUGUAAGAUGAACCAAAGAAGUGGAUCAUUCUGUUCUACAGUGUGUCUUUUUUUGAUAGCCUAUUAUUGGGGUUAUAUACUUUAUAAAGCAGCAACAACUACUCAGUAUUGAUCCCAUUAUUAAGAGGGUCAUUUUUAUUAGGUUAUGAUGCUGGAAUAGAAAAUUAUGAGCCUAAUUUGACAAUUGAAUCAAUUAUACCUUUUCUCCCACGGCCCAAACUUACUGGAAACAUGCCCAAUUGGCGUACCCCCUUCCCAAACCUUCGAUCCAACCCAAACACUCCAACCUCAACCACCACAACCCUAAACACAAACCCGAACCCCCGGACUUCCACCUACCACCCUUUUCCGAACCGAAACACCUUCAACAACCAAAAAAAACACCGACGAAAUAAGGCGGUUGACUGAGAAGGAGCUUCAACAAAAGUGGGAGCAGGGUUUGGGCAUCCGUUGUGAUGAAAAGUGGUCGGUGAACCACCGUUGUCAUCGCCGCGGCUUGAGCGUGUUGCUCUUGGAGGAUGAUGAAGACGGGAUCCUCAUUCCACCUCAACCAGAACCGCAAUCGACUCCAGAAGUAUCCCUGAGCUCGGUCAUGGGACUGACGAGCCCAAAAACAAUGCGGUUAGCCGGUGUUGUGAACGGAAAAUCUGUGGUGGUAAUGAUAGAUCCCGAGGCGACCCACAACUUCAUUUCCACUUUAGCAGCACAGAAUUUGGGUAUUCAAUCUACGGAAUCGAAGAGUUUCGGGGUUACACUUGGGACCGGUGAGGCGGUGCAAAGCGAGGGCGUGUGUAAAGGGGUGUUGUUAGACCUUCAGGGUGUAAUGAUCUUAGAGGAUUUUCUCAUUCUUCCUCUGGGUAGUUCGGAUCUCAUCCUUGGCAUUCAAUAGUUGGAAAAAUUGGGUACAAUCACCACCAAUUGGAAGACACGAACUCUGAAAUUCCAACUAGGGGGUGAUAUGGUCACCUUGAAGGGUGAUCCUCACUUGGGAAGGACGGGGAUCACUCUGAAAGCCAUGUUCGGAAGGUCAGGGGUAAUUAAUUGAAUUGAAUAUGUUUGAGGAAUCAGAGGAGUUAGUACCAGAUGUCCCAGUGGCCUUCCAGCCCUUAAUUCAGGAGUUCAGCCAUCUCUUCAACAUGCCUGAGGGACUUCCCCCGCACCGUCAGAUUGAGCACGCUAUUGUGCUCCGUAGUGGCACUAACCCAGUUAGUGUCAGGCCAUACCGGUACCCGCAAUCACAGAAAGAUGAGAUCGAGAAGUUAGUCUCGGACAUGCUUCGUGCUAGGAUCAUUCAACCGUCAACCAGUGCUUACUCUAGUCCCGUAUUGCUAGUGAAGAAAAAGGAUGGGUCAUGGCGAUUCUGCUUGGACUAUAGGGCAUUAAAUAAAGAAACAAUUCCAGAAAAAUUUCCAAUCCCUAUCAUUGAUGAACUGUUAGAUGAAUUGGGUGGCUCGGCUGUAUUCAUGAAACUUGACCUGAAAUCUGGGUACCAUCAGAUUCGAGUUCGACCUAAGGAUGUCCAUAAAACAGCUUUUCGCACCCACGAGGGCCAUUAUGAGUUUCUCGUAAUGCCGUUUGGGCUGACCAACGCCCCUGCUACUUUUCAGUCACUUAUGAAUGAGAUAUUCAAGCCAUUCUUGCGGAAAUUUGUUCUCGUCUUCUUUGACGACAUUCUGGUUUACAGCCCUUUUGGGGAUACUCAUAUAACACACUUGAGACAGGUGUUGCAGACUCUUGCAAACCAUUAACUGUAUGCCAACUUCAAAAAAUGUGAAGUAGGAAAGGCUAAGGUGGCGUACUUGGGCCAUGUUAUCUCAGCAGCCGGGGUGGAAGUGGAUUUUUCUAAAGUCCAAGCAAUGUUAGAGUAGCCCCCUCCUUCGAAUUUGAGAGAGCUCCGAGGCUUUCUUGGUCUUACAGGCUAUUAUCGCAAGUUUAUACAAGGCUAUGCGAUGAUUGCGCAACCCUUGACUGAUCAAUUACGCAAGGACAAUUUUGGAUGGAGCGAGGCUGCUAGCACAGCUUUCACAGCCCUCAAGUCUGCUAUGGUGAGUGCCCCGAUUCUGGUUGCUCCAAAUUUUUCCUUACCCUUCGUAGUGGAAACCGAUGCUUCAGGGCAUGGGUUGGGUGCAGUUUUGUUGCAAGCAGACCAUCCGAUAGCUUACUUCAGCAAGAGAGAAAUCGUGGCAAGCCUAUAUAUGAAAUGGAGUUGAUGGCUAUAGUGUUUGUCGUAGAGAAAUGGAGACAUACUUAUUAGGCCGUCACUUCAUUGUUCGUACUGAUGAGAGGAGCCUCAAGUACGUGCUGGAACAGAGGGAAGUGGGUCAAGCUUACCAAACAUGGAUAAGCAAGCUGUUGGGGUAUACUUUUGAGAUACACUACAAAUCGGGUCUUGCCAACAAGGUGGCGGAUGCCUUAUCCCGCCAAUUUAGCUCGGUUAUGGAGUGUUAUUCUAUGGUCACUUCAUGUGGCCUGCGUUGGGACUACGUAUAAUCGUUUAUACAGAAGGAUGAGGUGCUGCAACGCUUGAUUUCUCAGCUUAACAACAAGGAAAAUACUCCCAAGUAGUUCACCUUUGAGAAUGGGGUGUUGAGGUACAAAGGCCGGGUAGUAAUUCCGAGGCAAUUGUGAGUUAGACCACCAAAUUGCUGAAAGAAUACCAUGACUCUCUAGUGGGAGGGCAUGCGGGUGAUCUUAAAACUUAUCACAGGCUGGCUAGUGAGUGGUUUUGGUUUGGGAUGCAUAAAGAUGUAACUAAGUAUGUGCAACAUUGCCACGUUUGUCAGCAAAAUAAAAAUUCAACCCUGUCUCCUUUGGGGCUUCUCCAACCAUUACCAAUUCCGGAACAAGUAUGGGAGGACAUUUCAAUGGACUUCGUAGAGGGUUUACCCAAAUCUUUGGGUUGGGAUACCAUACUUGUGGUGGUAGACAGACUCACCAAGUAUGGGCACUUUAUCCCUCUUAAACACCCUUAUACUGCUCAGAGCGUGGCUCAUAGCUUCGUAAGUGAGGUGGUAAGGCUGCAUGGUAUAUGAGGGUCUAUUGUGUCUGAUCGUGACAAGGUUUUUUUGAGCAUUUUCUGGACUGAAUUGUUUAAACUUCAGGGUACUCAGUUGAUGCGAAGUACAGCAUAUCACCCCCAGACUGACGGCCAUACAGAGGUUGUCAAUAAGGGAGUGGAGUCGUAUUUGAGGUGUUUUGUGAACGGGAAACCCCACACUUGGGCUCGCUGGCUUCCAUGGGCUGAAUACUGGUACAAUACUUCUUUUCACACCGCCACUAAUUACACCCCUUUCAAGGCUGUGUAUGGACGGGAUCCUCCUCACUUGCUGCGAUUUUCAGCUGGUACUACAGUCAGGGGCGGAGCUAGAAGGGGACGAGUAGGGACACUUGUCCCCCAUUUUCAAAAAAAAAAUUAAAAAAAAAAUUUUAAAAAAAAAAAACAAAAAAACGCAAUUACUGAGUGCUCUGUGCGACAUUUGCAGCCAAACCCUAAGUCUUUCAAUUUUUAAUUUCUCUCUCUUCGAUUCGCCCUCACCUCGCCGGAGUCGCCUGACGCUGUCCACCGUUCUCCGGCAGUUCGCUGCAGUGAGGCCAGUGACGAGGUUCGACAGACGACAGCGGACAGCCUUGAGCCUUCAAUUCGUGUGAAUCGUGUCUUCGUGAAUCGUGAGUUCGUGUUUGCUGUUUGCAGUAGCAAGCCAGCAGCCCAGCACCGCGCCACCGCAGCACAGCCAGCAGUUUGGACGUUUGGUGUUCAAGUGUAAAGUGUUUGCAGCAGCAGUUCGCAAGUCGGCAACUUCGCAUUUAUAGAUUUACUGUGAAUUUCAAUGGAGGUAUGAUUAAUUGAUUAUGUAAUUAUGUAAAUCUGAAUUAAGUGAAUUUCAUUACUUGUUUAAAUGUUUAAUUGUUUUAUAAUUUAUAUUUUUAUUGUGAAUUUGUCAUUUGUGGCCUUGUGGGUAUUGAUUAUUGAAUUGAUAAAUGAUUAUUGAUUUAUAUUUGUUUGAUUGUUUGAAUGUUUCCCCUGUUUGAGUGUUUGGUUGUUUUUGUGAAAUGUGAAUUUAAAUUAUUAAUUAUUGUAAAUUAUUGAAAUGUGUAGUUGAAUUAGAAAUUUAAAAUCUUAGGUUUUGUUAUUAUGUAAUGAUGUGGAUUGUGGUCUUGUGGAAAUUGAUAUAUAAUUUUCGAUUUAACUAGGAUAUAUCAAAAGAUUCACCAAGUUCAAACAAAUCCAAGACAACUAAACAACCCGAUCUUCGACAAUUCUUGUUUAAAAGAACAAGACUCAAUGAAAAUGAGUCCAAUGAAAAUGAGUCCAAUAACUCACCUUCAUUUAGCUCCCCUCAAAGUCAAGAAAAUAGUAUGGAAAUGGGUGGUUCAAGUAAUAGUAAUGUACCAUUAGAGGAAGAUUCUGUGUAUGAUGUUGAACUUCUUCCUCAUGAUCCGGGAAAAAGAAUAAACAUUAUGGAUUACCCCGCAAAUGAACGAAAUGCUGUUAGGAGGGGUUAUAUUCUUAAAAAACCUUGCCAACCAAAAACUCAUGACUUCCCUACAAGACAAGUGUCUGGUUUGCGUCGCUUUAGUGUUCAUUGGUUCAACAAAUGGGAUUGGCUUGAAUAUAGUAUUGAAAAAGAUGCUGCAUUUUGUUUUGUAUGUUACUUGUUCAAGAAUGAAGUUGGUAUUAAACCGGGGGGUGAUGCAUUUGUUGAUGGAGGGUUUAGGGCAUGGAAUAAACCGGAAAGAUUUGAGAAGCAUGUUGGUGGAAUUAAAAGUGCUCAUAAUCUUGCUUAUGAGAAAUAUGUGAAUUUAAGAGAUGAAAAAAAAAAUCAAUCUUGAAUGUGAUUGACAAUGCAAGUGAUGUGAUUAAAAGUGAAUAUUUUAUCCGCUUGAAAGCAUCUUUAUCUUGUUUAAGAUUUCUUUUGGGGCAAGGUUUGGCAUUUCGUGGACAUGAUGAAAGUGGGGAGUCAUACAAUAGGGGUAAUUUCCUUGAGCUUUUGAAGUGGUUAGGAGAAAAGGUUGAGGAAGUAAGGAUACAUACUCUUGAAAAUGCACCUAAAAAUUGUUAAAUGACUUCCCCUCCUAUUUAAAAGGACAUUAUUAAUUGUUGUGCCAAAGAAACAACUAGGUGCAUAAUAGAAGAAGUUGGUGAUGAUUACUUUGCUAUAUUGGCCGAUGAGUCAAGUGAUGUGUCCCAAAAAGAACAACUAGCUCUUGUUUUGCGUUUUGUUGAUAGAGACAGUGGAAAGGUAAUGGAGCGAUUUUUAGGCAUUGUUCAUGUUGCUAAUACUACCGCUUUAACUCUUAAAGAUGCAAUCAUGUCUUUACUUGUUGAACAUUCAUUGAGCCCAUAUAUGAUAAGAGGGCAAGGGUAUGAUGGAGCUAGCAACAUGAAGGGUGAAAUAAAUGGCCUUAAAACUUUGAUUAUGAAUGAUACUCCACGUGCCUACUAUAUACAUUGUUUUGCUCAUGAACUUCAACUAACAUUAGUUGCCGUUGCUAAAAAGAAUGAUAGUUGUGGUUGGCUUUUCGAGAUACUUGGAAAUUUAUUGAAUGUGGUUGGAGUUUCUUGCAAGAGAAGAGAAAUGAUUCGUCAAGAUCAAGCUCAAGAAGUUGCUCGAGCCUUGGAUGUUGGGGAUAUUGUGAGUGGAUCGGGUUUAAAUCAAGAACUUGGUUUGAGUAGGCCCGGGGAUACUCGUUGGAGUUCUCAUUACAAGUCACUUUUAAAUGUCAUCCUCUUAUUUCCUACAAUUGUUAAGGUGCUUGUACAAAUUGGGAAGCAUGGUGCGUCGGAAGAUAAGUUCAAAGCUCAAAUUGUUUUAGGACAAUUAGAGUCAUUUGACUUUAUUUUUGUUGCUCACUUGAUGUUGACUAUUUUUGGAUACACUAAUGAUUUGUGUGUUGCUUUGCAAAGAAAGGAGCAAGAUAUUGUAAAUGCCAUGGAACUUGUUACUUAUACAAAAACGGUGUUGCACAAAAUGAGGGAGCGAGGAUGGGAUACUCUCUUAAACAAGGUAACUUCAUUUUGCACUAAACAUGGUAUUGUUAUUCCCACUAUGGAUUCUCUUUAUGUUCCUCAUGGAAGAUCAAGACGUUUUGUUGAAGAAGCAACAAAUGAACAUCAUUUUCGGGUUGGAAUUUUCUUGCCUCUUAUUGAUUUGCAUCUUAAAGAACUUGAUGAACGAUUUAAUGAGAGGAAUAUGGAGUUACUAACAUGUAUGGCUUGUUUAAGUCCUAAAGAUAACUUCUCAUUCUAUGAUAAAGAUAAGGUACUUAAACUUGCCUCUUUUUAUCCCGAAGAAUUUUCAAGGUUUGAUUUGAUGGCUCUUGAAUGUCAACUUGAUGUAUUCAUGGAGAAUAUGCUAAAUGAUGAAAGAUUUCAAGGUUUAAAUGACCUUAAUUCUCUUUCUAUGAUGCUUGUUAAAACCAAUAAGCAUAAGACUUUUCCUCUUAUUCAUUUGCUUAUCAAGUUAUGUUGAUGUUGAUUCUUCCCGUUGCCACGGCAAGUGUUGAAAGAGUGUUUUCCGCAAUGACAUGUGUUAAAAACAAGUUGCGAAAUAGCAUGGGUGAUCAACUUAUGAAUGAUUGUUUGGUCACUUUUAUUGAGAAGGAUGUCUUCUUACGAGUUUCCGACGAAAAAAUUAUUGAUCGAUUUCAAAGUAUGAAGACUCGAAGAAUGAACUUGUAAUUUUAAUGUAAUGUUUAUGUAAAUUUUUUCAUUAUUUUGAA